ACGGCCCAACGCUGCCACCUUUCGUGGGCCGGAUCCUCGCACGGAGUUCGCCUUGUCUCGUCUUCCUCCUCGGCGCCUCCGCCCUCCGCCGGCGCCACGCAUCCUCCAACGCCACGCGCGCGGCGAGGCGGCGCCAUGGUCCUCCUGUGCGCAUCCUCCUCCUCCUGCUACCACCGUGCCGCGCCCUUCCCAGCGGCCGCCACCGCGGCGCGCCCCCACAGGGGAAGCCUGCGCCUAGCGGCAGCCGGCCGCCGCGGCUCCGGCCCUGCCGCCGCGCCGUGGAACGCGGCUCCGCUGGCUCGCCCCGCGGUGGUCGUCGACAGGAGGAGGUGUGACUGCUUUGAUCUCCAUCAGCAGAUAGUUCCAUUUGCCGAUUCUUGGGCUUGGCAGCAGUCCAUUGUUACGAGGAGGAGAGGUUUGGUGGACAGAGAUGAAGAUCGCUCAGACACCUUAAUUGCCUUGCAACAUUCACCGGUUUAUACAUUGGGCACUGACAGCAGCGAGGACUACCUCCAUUUCAAUGUUGAAGAUGCUCCUUUUGAGGUUCAUCGUAUUGACCGUGGUGGGGAAGUGACUUACCAUGGCCCUGGACAGCUUGUUAUGUACCCGAUUCUCAAUUUGCGGUAUCAGAAAAUGGACCUUCAUUGGUACCUUAGGUCACUUGAAGAAGUGAUCAUUCGUGCACUGAAAUCUGCAUUCUCUAUGGAGGCAUCAAGAGUAGAAGGUCUCACUGGUGUUUGGGUUGGGGAUCAGAAAGUUGCAGCAAUAGGGAUUCAUGUCACCCGAUGGAUAGCUUAUCAUGGUCUAGCCCUAAACGUCACAACUGAAUUAACCCCAUUUGAAAUGAUUGAUCCCUGCGGCAUAAAGGAUCGUGGCAUUGGGAGCGUUAAGGAGAUACUACAAAAGGCAUCAGAUGGAAGAGAAAUUGAUGAUACAUUGCUGAUGGAUAUAGCAUAUAAUUCGUUGAUCGAAGAGUUUUCUGAACUUUUCAAACUCUCUUUGGACUUCAGCCCUGAUUGGAGUUUUCAGGAAAACAACAGUUUUUUAUUGGAUUCGUAAAACUGCAGUUUUAUUGAGAAGCUAGAAACCAGUACAAGCAGAUUACAGACACAAACAUUAUUGAUUCAAAGAGUAAGCUCGUUCAACCCAAUAGUGACAAAAUUAGUGAUCUGUUUGCAUCGUAUUCAAGCCUUUGCUUCACCUGCAAAUGAGCCACAAGAGUCGUUUCAGCAAAUUGAUCAGCUGCGACACUGGCCAGAUGAAAAAUUCAGCAAGGCAUUUGACCUUCCUUUGCGGUCGAUAUAUGGAUCCUUCUGCCUUUGUGUCGACACCUGGUCAUGGUUUUCAUGUGCAAUGCUUCCCCUUUUCAAUGCCAUCGUAAACGGACACGACAUGCUUGCCACAGCCGUUCCAGGUGAACUUGCUGCACUCCACCUUGUAGCACAUCUUCUCGUCUUUCAGAUGUAGGAUGCUGUUUCUGGAGUGGGUUUCUUCGGUGUCCUCACUCUUCUUAGGCUUCAGUAUUUAUAGCAUCAUGUAUUGCUCGUUUCUUGCAAGGACCAGUGUAUUUCCCAAUGCUUCCAUGUGUCCCAGUGCAAUUGGUGAAGGAAACAAUGUGUGGAUAUUGUUCUUGCGUCAAUAUUUUGUGGUUGAUAAAACUAUAGUUGUUCCCAGUGCCAAUCUGGCUAUGCGGCUCUGUUGUAACGUAUCUUGUGACCAAACUAUGUCUGUUGCUUGCAUGGUAAACAAUGAAAAAUGCCAAAGCUGGCUAUCUCAUGAUGUGUUUAACAUAUCA